AUGUUGAGACGGCAGUUCCAUUCUGGGUGCGUGCAGCUGGCGCGGACGAGGUACACGAAGCCCAAGCCGAAGAAUACUGAGACGAGGGCAAAAGAGCAGAUCAGGUUGCCCACUCAGCAAACACACCACUCUAAUGAGUUACGCAUUCAACCACCUAUCCCUCCGUCUACGAAGAAUAUUGUGGUACCAGAUGACCAUCCGCUGUGGCAGUUCUUUUCAGAUAAGAAGUUUAUGAGACGUCCGGAGGACCUAGACACAACUUCGCGUGCCUGGAGUAUUCCCGAGUUAAGAAGGAAGUCAUUUGAGGAUUUACAUUCACUUUGGUAUACCUGUUUGAAAGAAAGGAAUAUUUUGGCUAGGGAAAAUCACUUGCUGAAGAACGCUGCCAAGAACAAUAGAAAUGACUAUGAAGACAUAAGUGAAAAGAUUAGAACUACAAUGUGGAGAAUCAGACACGUUCUGAGUGAAAGGGAUUGGGCUUUCAAAAGAGCGAGAGAGACUUUUGCUCAAAACAAGGAAUUACAGGAUAAUUUAGUGGAUGAUUUCAAGAAAGAGUUUCUUGAACUUGACUCAAGUGAAGAUGAACAAGCAUUUGAAAUGCUGACAAGAUUCCAGGAGGCUCUAUUUGGAAUUCAUGAGGUCAUUGAAGAUAAUGUAGUGGAUAGAAAGUUUGUCGACGGUUUGAAACUUGUUGCAACGUUGAAACUUCAGAGAUUCCAAUCUCGUAACGACUCAAUCAAUGCCAUUUUGGAAGAAAGUGAUGGUCAGAUCAAUGACGUUGGAGAGGCUUUCGUGGUAUUUACAGCGGAUAACAACUUGAAGGCUGUUGAAGAGGCAUGUGAUGCAAUCAAAGAAUUAAGGCAAGGAGAAAAUGGAGUCUCGAGAUUUGACGAAUUACCAACAGUAAGAGGAUAUUUGAAGAGGUUGGUCAGUGCUACAACUGUCUGA